AUGUCACCUUCCGCCAUCGAAACCAUCGUAAACAAUCCAAGUCUAGAAAGUCUUGAAACGUAUUUCGAAAAUUCGAAGAGAUCUUAUAUCGAUCUCAACAAUGGCGUCAACAUACCCAAACAAUUGAUUGGAAAUGCUCUCAAGGAAAGAGUUCAAAGUAUCGAUCAUGAGACCUGCGAGGCAGGCGACGAAGAUACCUUCUUCGUAGCUGAUCUCGGCGAGGUUUACCGGCAACACAUGCGCUGGAAGACAAAUUUACCCCGAGUCAAGCCGUUUUAUGCGGUCAAAUGUAACCCGGACCCGCAAGUUAUUCGCCUUUUGGCAAAACUUGGAACUGGAUUCGAUUGUGCCUCCAAGGCUGAAAUUGAACAAGUCUUGAAGGCUGGUGUUGAGCCUCACCGCAUUAUUUAUGCUCAACCUUGCAAGACAAAUUCUUACGUCCGCUAUGCCGCCUCUCAAGGCGUCAAGCAAAUGACAUUCGACAAUACGGACGAAUUAUAUAAAAUCAAAAAGCUUUUCCCUGGAGCUGAGCUAUUCUUACGCAUCUCUACCGACGAUUCUUCCAGCCUGUGCCGUUUGAGUCUCAAGUUCGGAGCUGCCAUGGAUACUACCACCGAUCUCUUGGCUCUUGCUAAAGAAUUGGACCUCAAUGUAGUGGGUGUCAGCUUUCACGUUGGGUCUGGAGCUUCUGAUCCACUUGCAUUCAUGAACGCGGUUCAAGAUGCUCGUACGGUUUUCGAUCAAGCUGAAACUUUCGGGUUCAAUUUUCACACCCUUGAUGUUGGCGGUGGAUUUUCCAGCGACACAUUUGACGCCAUGGCUGCUGUACUCAGCUCCGCUCUUGACGAGUACUUUCCGUCCAACAUCAAUGUGAUCGGAGAACCGGGUCGGUACUACGUUGCUUGUGCAUUUACACUUGCAUGCCACGUCAUUGCUCGUCGUACAAUCGCAGAUGAGCAAAGCGGGGCUCAUAGCUACAUGCUCUACAUGAAUGAUGGUCUCUACGGCAAUUUUUCGAGCAUCAUGUUUGAUCAUCAAAACCCCGUUGCACAGGUUCUCAAAACCGGCGAACGAUUCUACUACGACACGAUGGCUUCCCAGCCAACUUGUGAUGGCAUCGAAUACUCCAUCUGGGGUCCUACAUGCGAUGGCAUCGACCGUAUUGCAGAAAGCAUCCGCUUCAGCCACGAUCUUGAUGUUGGUGAUUGGCUUUACUUUGAGGAGAUGGGCGCUUACACCAAGUGCUCUGCUACCCGCUUCAACGGCUUCAGCGACUCCCACGAUGUUAUCUACGUUGCAAGCGAUCCGGGUGCCAAGGCUAUGUUGGGCAUGAACUAA